GAAGUCAGAAAUCAGCUUAUUCUUUGAGUGGGGCAGGAGAUGCUUUAAGAAUAAGCUGGAAAUCAGCUUAAGUUGAAAGUUAUAAGCUAUAAGCUGUUGAGGCAUAAGCUAUAAGCACUUUCCCACAAUUCUACCAAACAGGACCAAUGUCUGAUUGCACUGCAUUGGGAUACGGGUCCUCAUGUAAUCACCUUAGUGCAAAAGGAAAUGCUUCCUAUGCUUUCAAUAUGUACUAUCAGUUGAAUGAUCAGAACAGUUGGGACUGUGAUUUCUCUGGAUUGGCUAUGGUGACUGAUGAAGAUCCAUCAGAUGAUCGGUGUCAGUUUCCGGUGAUGAUUGCUUUUGGGUCACCAACAAUGGUGCUGCAUAGGACUGUUUUUGGUAUUUUUCUUGCUGUUCUUGAGGGGUGUAUAGUGUUUUUGCUUCUUGUUUCUUAGUUUUGUUCAUUGACCCUGAUUUUAAAGCAUUUGGAUUGUUUUGUGUAAGAUUAACACAGGGUAAAAAGUAAGAAGAUUGUAUUAUAAAUUAGUUAUUUUUUUAAAAAAUUUAAUUUUAGAUUACUGCUUCUUGA